CGACCAAACAGUCUCGGCAAACGCAACGUGCUCGGGGUAUCGCGUCUUCGGUUUGGUCUUUGGUUGUAAAGAAGUCCGCGCGCGCGUGUCUCGAAGCUUCCUCGACAAACGAGUCACAGGUCCAAAAGCUCACACAAGUGGCCACCUCCAGCCCGCUUACCCACCUCUCAUAUGCAAACAACAUCGAACGCAUAACGUGCGCAUACAAUUUCCUUCUUCGAGCGGAAAACUGUUUUGCAGUUUAACGAAUAUGGAUGGUUAGAUAAACUAGAAUUACACCGGAUAAUUGACAGCAAAAGUCAGGGACAGCCUUCGAUAGUUUUUGGUAACCUGUACGCCAUCGCGCUCGGCCCAGUCGCCAUCAGACGUGUAAUGUUGCUCGGUCGGUAUAGAACGUGGUAAUCACCUGUUGUCCAGUCCCAGCAUCUCGCAAAGGAAGCAACCAUGAUGGAGGGAAUUCAGAGUGGGGUGGUCAAGUGCGGUGGCUAUCGGUACGACGAUGGAACACGCUACAUCGGAGACUGGAACCAACGUGGACAGAAGCAUGGAAUGGGGUCGAUGAUGUUUUCGGAUGGAACGCGCUACGAUGGGGCUUUCAGCAAUGGAGUCUGCUCAGGACUUGGAGUGAUGUGCUUUCCUGAUGGCGCCAAAUACGAAGGAGAAUUCAUGCAGGGCUGGUUCCACGGUCAUGGUGUCUUCUGGCGAUCGGACGGCAUGAAGUAUGAGGGCGAAUUCCGCGGCGGGCGUAUUUGGGGCCUCGGAUUGAUCACGUUCAGCGAUCAGAGCCAUGGAUUUCCAAGAAACGAAGGAUUCUUCCAGGACUGCCGACUGGUGCGGAAGAAGCGCUGUACAGAGGUGAUUCAGCGCGCCCAAAAGGUGGCCCUCAUGGCCAGGGCACAGUGCGACCAAGGUAACUGAUCUCGACGAUGCCAUUGCCAUAAACCUUAAUAUUCUGAGGAGUAGAGUUCGGAUUGAUUCAACGACACGAUGCUUUAAUUAAUUAUAGUUGUAACAUUUUAUUUGUUUGUCUGAUAUACAGAGUAAAUUGAAAUCUUUACAAAA